CGUACCUAUAAAAUUCAUUCACAUUCACCUCUGAUAGAAACUUAAGUUUGGAAGAAAAGAAUGGGGCGGACAUCAAGCAAAAGGCGAGCUAGGGACAUUGAUGAUGUUGAAAAUCUUAACAAGGCUUUCGAGCAAGUAUUUACUCUCGAUGAUAAAGGAGAGGAGUAUAUGUUCUAAUUCAAUAUAAGAGCUAAUUGAACGUACAGCCACAAGUUAUUUCAUGGUACAAGCUGGCAGAAACAAUGGGGUUGAGAUAAUUUGCAAGGAACAAACGUCUAGUGUGCAAAUCGAUGUAUCAAGCAGGAGUGAAAGGACUUCAUCUACUACUAAGAAAAGGCGAAAUAGAAGAAGAAAAAAAUUAAGAGAGAGAAUCAUGGAGCAACAUGUUCCAUCCAAGAACCAACAACUAACAGCACAUUUAAUCUUCUUAAGAAGAAAACUGGGAUUAGCAUCCAUAGCCCCACCUUCAAGUAAAAAACUAGACAUCAAUAAACAAGUAUCAUUUGUGAAGAUGUUCCAUAAAAAAUUAGAAUCAAUCGACUCUAGUUCUACAGGGGCCGACGUUAUGAGGAGAUUAGGUCUUCCACUGCCAGUUGCAAAGCAAGACUCAAAAAUGUCAGUGAGCUGCCAAGGAGAAGCAGAGAAGUAUAAAGAGAUUCUUGCAAUUGAAGCUUUAAACUGGUUAGCAGCUCAGCCUCUUCAGAAGAAGCAAAGAUCAUUGUUAAUACCCGACAGUGAACAAACGACAGCGAAACUGACUUCUACUUUGGACACAGAGUUCAGCAGAUUACGUCUGAAGAUAUGACGGUGUGCGUUUGUAUCUACAGUAUUUUGAUUGUUAUUAGUACUGAUAGGUUUUGAUCUGUACUUCAGUGUAAUGGCGCAAUAGUUAGUUUGUCAGAAGUAGAAGCUGACAUCUAAGAUCUCAAAAUGAGUUUUGACAUUUGAAAAACAAAAGUUCAAUCUUUAAGGCCUAUUCCUAUGGGUAUGGCAAAAAAAUGUUGUUUGGCAUGCCAUGUGGCAUGGCAAAUGAGUUUCCCCACUAUGAUAGACAUGCCAAACUUGAUUAAAAACGUAUAUUUAAUUGUGUUGGGUGGCAGUGGUGGGACCCUAAUGAAUAAAAAAUAUGUUUGUAUU